AUGGAUGUAACAGAAGUAAGUGGAACGAAUGAGUGGGAAAAAAUAGAAGCAUUUUUGGUUGCUGCGCACGAGGCUAAUUAUCAGACAAUCAGUAAUAAUUUAGCUUAUGGUUUAUCAGCAGAUGUUAUGGAUGAUGAUCAUAUCACAGCCUUACAAAUUGCUUCUGCACAAGGUAACUUACCUAUGAUGCAAAUGUUACUAAAUUGCGGUGCAUCGGUUGAUAAAUGUAAUCAUUGUGGAUUUACUCCUUUACUUCAUGCUGCUCGGAACGGAAAAGCUGAAGCAGUUGAAUUGCUAAUCCGACAUGGUGCUGAUCCAUUUAGGACAACAUUUUACGGUACAACAGCUUUAUCAUUAGCAUCUGCUGGUGGUCAUAUAAACGUGAUGGUAAUAUUACGUGAAUAUGUGAGUCAAACACGACGACGUGCUCCAACACCUUUAAUAGCUGCAAUUGGUACAAAGCAAUAUCAAACAGUCAUCCAUUUACAGUUUGCCGGUAUUAUACAACAUCCAUGUCGUGAUAUGUUCUAUGAACUUGAUGCUUUUCAUGUGGCUGAACAAUUGAUGGAUUUGAAAAUGAUAGUACUGUUGCGUGACCUCGAUUUACAGUUGUUGAAUCAACCAGUAAUGCACUGUCUUACUACAAGAACGCCUACUAAUCGAGAAUCACAGAUAAUUGAAAUACCGAGAAAUACUGCAGAUAUUCGAUGUUUGAUACGUGAUCAUCAGGUAGCACUUGUAGAUUGGAUUAUGGAUUUCAAUGAUUUCAGUGGACUACCAGCAGGUACCACACCACUGAUGUUUGCUGCUGUUACCGGCAACGUUUUAAUGGUGAAAACAUUGCUGCAACAUAAUUGCGACAUAAACGCAGCUUUUUACAAUUUUACACCAAUUAUGAUUGCUAUUGUGUGUGGCAAUGAUAUAUUAACACAAUAUUUAAUCAAGAAAGGUGCCAAGCAAACUACAAACGGUUGUCAAUUUUCACUCUUUGAGUUAGCAUCUAAUUCCGAAGGCAUUUCACCAACGACCAUCCAACUGCUCCUGACAAAAUCAGCGCAAAAAAUGUGUCUCAUUGAAAGGAUAUCAAAAAUAGUGCAAAAGAUUUCAGGACGGAGUUCAAUGAGCCAAUCGAUGUGUCACCAGCUAGUUAAAUUAGAAAGAAGUGCUAGCCAAUUGAGUUUUCUGCAGAAAGUUGUUCAAAAUAUGGGCCUAAAAUCAAAUUGGGUACCAGAAGAAUUAUUCGAUGCUCUCGCUUGGCCAGACAGUCCUUGCACUUGUUUUGGAGCCAGCAAUGAAUCACGUAGCCUUAUGGCUACUUCUACUUCACUUUUGGAAGAGAAAAUUAUGGCUAAUGUUGAUGAAGAAGAGCAAUACCGGUGUUUAUUGAGUGAUUGCUUAAAAAAAAGGAUUGGAAAAGACAAUUCUCCUACUCAAUCUUCAAAUUUUGAGCUACCUCCAUCAAUGAUUAACACUAAUUAUUUGCAUAUGCGGCAACAACAGUGCAGUAGCAUCUCGAGACUUCAAUCUGUUCUAUUUCAUUUUGGUUCCGGAUCACCAAAAAACUGUUCAACGACUUCAUCAAAUAGUACAAAUCUAUCAACAAUGUUGACUUCAACUGAUUGGCAGGAUAGUGAAAUUCCAAUGGUCAAAAGUAUCAGUGAAUUAUGUUCGGCUUACAAAUAUGAAAAGAAAUAUUGGGAUUUUCUGAACAGGAGAUGCUCGCCACAUAUGUGUCAGAAGUUAGAGGAACAAGAAGUGGACUGUGAAACUUUCUUGAUGCUUACCAAAGCUGAAUUCAUCUCAUUUGGUAUCAAUCGUUCCGAUGCGCGUAUUCUCAGUAGCAUUCAGAAGAUGUUAAAGGAAGAAUUAAGUAAAAUCUGA